AGCUCAAAUGGCUCACAGCCGAAAAGAUUCUCAUUUUCGAACCCAAAAUCGAAAAUGAAGCUAAUUCGUCCUCAUCGACCCCUCAGAAAUUCUACCAUUUACAGAAAGCAAAGAAAUUUCUGUACCUCCAAAUUUACAUCCCAAGAUAAUGACGAAAACGAGUCGCACUUCGUGUCGACCCUCCGAGACAUAGUACGAGGAAGUCAGAGCUGGAAAAUCGCGCUCAACAACACCUACAUAUCAAGCACUUUGAGGCCCCAUCACGUCGAGAAGGUCCUGAUUCAAACCAUCGACGAUUCCAGGUUAGCCUUGAGGUUCUUCAAUUUCUUGGGCUUGCACAUAAACUUCAACCACUCCACGACUUCGUUUUGCAUUUUGGUCCAUGCUCUGGUCCAGUCCAAUCACUUUUGGCCAGCUUCUUCGCUCCUGCAAACGCUUUUCGUUCGUGGGUUAGACUCAGAAGAGGUUUUUGAACAUUUUUUGAAUUCCUAUGAGAAAUGUAAGUUUUCUUCGAGUUUGGGUUUUGAUAUGUUAAUUCAGAAUUAUGUGCAAAAUAAAAGAUUUUUGGAUGGUGUGGUGAUCGUGAGGCUCAUGAGAGAAAAUAAAUUGUUGCCCGAAGUUAGAACUUUGAGUGCCCUUUUAAACGGGCUAGUGAGAAUUAGGCAAUUUCAUGUAGUUUUGGAAUUGUUUGAUGAGGAGAUUACGAAUGCCGGUCUUAGGCCUGAUACGUAUACGUACACUGUGGUGGUUAAGAGUUUGUGCGAAUUGCGGGAUUUUGUAAGAGCCAAGGAAAUGAUUUUGCAGGCGGAGUUGAAUGGAUGUAGUUUAAGUGUUGUAACGUAUAAUGUGUUGAUUCAUGGGCUCUGCAAAAACCAACGAGCUUGGGAGGCUAUUGAGAUUAAGAAUUUGUUGAGUGAAAAGGGACUGAAAGCAGAUGUGGUUACAUAUUGCACAUUAGUACUUGGUUUGUGCAGAGUGAAAGAACAUGAGGCUGGGAUGGUGCUGAUGGAUGAAAUGAUUGAGUUGGGGUUUGUUCCAAGUGAAGCCGCUGUCUCAGGAGUUGUAGAGGGAUUGAGGAGUACGGGGAAGAUUGAAGAGUCUUAUAAUGUGGUGAAGCGGGUGGAGAGAGUAGGGGUGCUGCCCAGUUUGUUUGUUUAUAACGCGCUGAUCAAUUCUCUGUGCAAAGAUGGGAAAUUGGAUGAAGCGGAGUUACUGUUUUAUAAUAUGGGUGAGAAGGGUCUGUUUGCAAAUGAUGUCACUUAUUCUAUUUUGAUUGAUUCGUUCUGCAGAAGAGGGAAAUUGGAAGCUGCAUAUUUUUAUUUUGCUAAAAUGUCGGAGUCCAGGAUUAGAGCUACUGUGUAUCCGUACAAUUCUUUGAUAAGCGGUCAAUGCAAGUUUGGCAAAUUGAGUGAAGCAGAGUUUCUUUUUGGUGAGAUGAUCGAUAAAGGAUUAGUGCCAACGGUUUCAACCUAUACAUCACUGAUCAGUGGAUACCGCAAAGAAGGAGAACUGCACAAGGCAUUUAGGCUGUAUCAUGAGAUGACCGGGAAGGGAAUUGCACCAAAUACUUACACCUAUACUGCACUUAUUUCUGGUUUCUGUCGUGCAAAUAUGAUGGCUGAAGCAAGUAAGUUGUUUGGUGAAAUGGUUGAGCAAAACAUUCUGCCAAAUGAGGUGACUUAUAAUGUUAUGAUAGAGGGUCACUGUAUGGAUGGUAACACAGUAAAAGCCUUUGAAUUGUUGGAUGAAAUGGUUGAGAAAGGUCUUAAACCAGACACAUAUACAUAUAGGCCUCUAAUUAGUGGUCUUUGUUCUUCAGGUAAAGUUUCUGAAGCCAAAAAAUUCAUAGAUGACCUCCACAAAGAGUAUCAGAAGUUAAACGUGAUGUGUUAUAGUGCACUUCUACAUGGCUACUGCAAAGAGGGCAAAUUACACGAUGCAUUGAAUGCUUGCCGUCAAAUGGUUGGAAGAGGAAUAGACAUGGAUCUUGUGUGUUUUGCAGUACUCAUUUGUGGAACUCUAAAGCAGUAUGACACGAGAAAAGUAUUGGGUCUCUUGAAGGAGAUGCAUGAUCAAGGGCUGAAGCCUGAUGAAGUAAUAUAUACAAGUAUGAUAGAUGCAUACAGCAAAGCAGGAAGGCUUAAGGAAGCUUUUGGGCUUUGGGAUUUGAUGGUUGCUGAGAGAUGUUUUCCUAAUGUGGUGACGUAUACUGCCUUGAUCAAUGGCUUAUGCAAGGCAGGACAUAUGGAUAAAGCAGAACUUCUUUUAAAGGAAAUGUUAAUUGGCAAUGCCCUUCCCAAUCAGAUCACUUAUGGUUGUUUCCUUGAUCACCUUACGAAGGAAGGAAGUAUGGAGGAAGCUGUACAGCUGCACUCUGCAAUGCUAAAAGGGUUUCUAGCAAAUACUGUGACAUACAAUAUACUUAUCCGGGGCUUCUGUAAACUGGGAAAGAUUCAAGAAGCUAUUGAGCUCCUUGUUGGAAUGACUGACAAUGGUAUUUUUCCAGAUUGUAUUACCUAUUCGACUUUUAUCUAUGAGUAUUGUAGAAGAGGUAAUUUACAGGAAGCUGUUGAGUUGUGGAACACCAUGCUAAAUAAGGGUCUAACGCCUGAUACAUUAGCAUAUAAUUUUAUGAUAUAUGGUUGCUGCAUAACUGGAGAACUCACCAAGGCAUUUGAAUUGCGUGACGAUAUGAUGAGAAGGGGGUUGACCCUGAAUCGGGUAACAUAUAAUGCUCUUCUUCAUGGAACUUGCUCGAAAAGUUAAGUCUGCUAUGUUGGAGAAGAAUUUUUGUUAUAUAAUGUCAACAGUCUGCGAUAUUAUACCAGAGGCCCUUCUAUUUGCCAUUGAAAAACCAUUUUUUUGGGGAUUACAGCUUUUGUGUUAUAUCAACUUGUAGCAUUUUUUUUUUUUUUUCGCCGAAGGCCUGUGGCCUGAUUGGCAUAACCCCUAAGCCUUCAAAAUGGAGGUCUUAGGUUCGAAACCCCCCUCCCCAAAUGUAUCCAAAAAACAAAAAAACUUGUAGCAUUUUUUUAGGUCUGACGGUUGAAGAUGACAAGAUUCUUUUCUGUACAUAAUUAAGCGUGCAAACUUGUAGUGAAGGACUGGGAGGGUAAUAAAUUGAGGCUGACUAACAUAUGGAUGAAAGAAUCUUUAACUGUCUUUCUGUUAGCAACAGAUUAUUGUGAGCAUUGUUUUUUGAACAUUGAUGAUGUUGGAAUACUGAUCUUACAAAUAAGAUUUGCUCCCGUUGGUUGAAUUGGCCAAACAUAA